GCCGGCGGGAGGCUGGGCCGGGCCGGCCCCGCCGCCAUGGCCGGGGGCUCGGCGGAGCUGGAGCUGUUCCGCCGCCGCUGGCGGGAGGAGCUGGCGGGGGGCGGCAAGCGGCGGCGCAGGGAGGCGACCGAGCCCGGCGGGGGGGAGCCGAGAGAACUGGGGGAGCCGAGGGAACCGGGCUACCUGGUGCUGGCCCGCGGCCUGCUGGAUGGCGGCGAAGCCCCGGCCCGCCGCAGCCCUACGCCCGCCCGCCCCGCCGAGGAGGCCGCGGGGGACGGAGGCGGGGAUGGCGACGACCUGCUGGGGCAGCUCAUCCGCGACCUGAAUGAAAUAAAUGAGGUUCCUUUCUUUGAUGUCCAGCUGCCUUAUGAACUGGCAUUGAAGAUCUUUCAGUACCUGGGCAAGGCUGAAUUGGGAAGGUGUGCUCAGGUCAGCAGAACGUGGAAAGUACUUGCAGAAGAUGAGGUGUUGUGGUACCGGUUGUGCCAACAGGAAGGAUACCUAUUAGAUACAAGCAUCUCUGAUCAUUCCUGUUGGAAGCUCGCCCUUAAGGACUGUCGUGCCAAAGAGCGCACUUUGAGAACCAACUGGAAGAACCGCAUCGGUGCUGUGAGUCAGCUGCAGUAUGAGCUGGGGAAAGUUCUCUGUGAUGUACAUUCUUCUGAUGGAGUCGUUAUUGCUGGAUACACAUCAGGGGAAGUGAGGUUGUGGGACACGCGCACCUGGGACUACACAGCCCCCAUCCUGGAACCAAUGCACGGUCCUGGUGAUGCUGGACCUCAGCCACAUGUCUCCUUUGUGAGGAUAAACAGCUCUCUGGCUGUAGCAGCUUACGAGGACGGAACUGUUAGUGUUUGGAGCCUGAUGAUAGGGCGAGAGCCAAUACACCGUUACCAGCACAAUCAGAGGAUACAAGCCUUAGCUCUUGGUUCAGAGGGUGCAACGGUAGCAACAGCAUCUGGCUUCGAGGUCAAAGUGGAAAGCCCUGAUGACAAGGGAUUCUGGCAAACGACAGGAACAUUUGAAAUCCAGAAAUUGGUCAACUUCCUUAAUCUGGUUCCAGAUGUUCUGGGGAGUCCAGUGGCAGUGGCAGCUGCAGAAGAUAUCGUCUAUGUCCUGAAAGGAGAAGAUCCUGGCAAAAUUCUCCAUUCUGUCUAUGGUCAGCCUGUCACGUGUCUCGAUGUGUCUGCUCAUGAAGCAGCCUUUGGGGUCAAAGGCUUUGGCUGGUUAUUGAAUGAGCCCAAUCAGGUUCUUCUGUACAACCUGGAAACAAGUCAGUGUCUAAAGAAGCUAGGCAACUCAAUGGGUGACUUCACGUGCGUCAACCUCCAGGACAGUCCUCCAAACAUGCUCGUUACAGGCAAUAAAGACAGAAGGGUCAGGGUGUACGACCUCCGCAAAAGCGAAUCGUUGUGCUCCCUCUACGCCCACCGGUUAGGGGUGUCUGCGGUACAGAUGGAUGACUGGAAGAUUGUCAGCGGAGGAGAAGAGGGCAUGGUCUGUGUGUGGGAUCAGCGGAUGGGCACCAAGCUUUGGGAAACGCAUGCCAGACAUCCAGUCCGCUAUAUAUGGUUUAAUUCCCAUAGCCUCAUCACUGCAAACAUCCCUGAUGAGAAGACUCCCCGAGGCGCCAGCAUCACGGAUGAUGACCUUACUGCGCACCGCAAGCAUCGAGGAAUCAUCUAUGCCUACGAGUUCUCAGUGGACCAGCUGGCUGUAGAAAGCGUCCUUCCUAUUUGCCGCUCCUCCUACGAUGAAGUGACUGGCUACAACUACAACAUUGGCCUUGCAGUUCCCUACGAUAACAUUUAGGUCUGCUUGGUGGAACAGAGACUCACGAAGGAAGGGGAGCAGCACGCUUCAGUGCAAACAGACGUUCAUUCCCACUGCUUGUGGGAAAAAUGCCGCUGAUCCCAGCUUGGCAGGGGACGUGGGCUGGUCAGGAAGCAAGAACCUGGAGUGGCAAACUGCUGAGAUGGUGGGAGGCUGGGAGCGCAUCAAGGAAUUCAUAGCCUGCAGAUGCCUGCCCGUCCCGAGGGGAAAGGACAGGCAUCUUGCUGAGCCCUAUGUGAUUGAAGUUUCUUUCCUUAUAAUGAGCUGCUCGUUCUUCUUUUCCUUUGAGCGCAUCAGAAUGUGUCUAGAAACAGGAACAUGCUCGGAGGGUUACGGUGUUUGGGUGAGCAGAGGCUGAUGGAGAGAGGGAUGUGAAGGUUGGCCUCGUCCAGACUGGGUGUCUGGAAACUCAGCAGGCCACACAUAUCAAAAUUAUUUUAAAAUAGGUAAUUUUUCUUAAAGUCUCUAAAAUCCUAGAUUAAAUGUUUUCUGAUUGUAUAUAUGUACAUGUGUUUGAAUUUUUGUUCUUAGGUCUGUUAGGGUGGAAUAACCCCUGUGUACUGAAACACAAGGCCAUCAUGUCUCAGGUUAGUCCUAAGGUACUUUAUAUGUUGGCUCAUGCCUUUCAUGGCACCUGAAGGCUUCGGCUUGGCCUGGUGACCAUCCUCACUACUGAGCUGGCAAUUGAUCAUGUCAGUUUAAUAAGCAGAGGGGAUGAACUGCCCAGAGUCCCCCUGCAUUGUUAAUUUGCACUAAUGUUACAGAGAAGCACCAAGGCUGAGGGCUAAGAUGCGAUACCUCAGGUGAAACGAGGAGUAAGGAUUUAUCUUAAUCACAGGCUGCACAGAAAUAGGUAGAGCCAGUUAGGCUGACCGAGAGCUCAAGUCCUGUAUGGAUACGUUUUACUGUUGUAAAAUUAUUUUUUGUUUGUCCUCUGCCAUUGUGAAUGUCCUGGUGCAAGCCAAGGCGAAGUAAACCAAGUUUAAAUUGAGUUAAGUUUUAACAACUUUUUGCUGGCUUAAUGGAAUCAGUUUGUAAGUACAGUCUGUUAAAUCAGCGCGUGGAAAUCGGUGCCUGAGCUCGCGAGGGAGGGGCUGGCUGCACUGUCAAGAAGAAGUUGCUUCAAUGCUUCCUCUGGUCACUGAGGCAGCCCCUGGAGAGCUUUGUUCUGCCCUCCUCCUGCCUGGAAGAAGUAUUUCACAGCUCUUUAUUGGGUUUGGCUUGGGGUGGUUCUCCAUGACCCCUAGGCCAACCUUCACGUGUGUUUGUGCUUUAACAGUUAGUUUGUUCGUGGUGAUGGACUGAUGUAAGAAGUGCAAGGGGGGAAGUCGUUCCGGUCAUUCUGUCUGACGAAUAAAUUUUUAUCUUUUCAAGAA